GUGUGUUUAUUUGUGGCUUUGCGCGAAGUUGAAAUUCAUGUGCGUUGUAUAUGGUUGUUUAUAAUGAACGUGGUGAGCUUUACCUUGCACGUGGAUAAUAACAUAUAUUGACGGUAUUAGGCGCAAACGAUACGUUGAAACACUGUGAGGAUGAAUUUUACAUUCGGAACUCCUGUUUCCAAACCUGCUACAGGUUUUACCUUAUCUCUUCCCGCGGCGAGUACUGAAUCCAUGGUAAAUAACGCCUGGUGGAGAAUCUGAUGAACUGCAAUCGCGCCUACCAGGAUUAUAGUGCAUGGAACCCCAUCAUCCCCACGAUCUUUUGUAAUCAAAGACGACAGAGUGCGCCAUCAUCCAUGGCAAGUGGUAAUGCAGAGGACAGCCGAGUUCCGCAGUUCCACCAGUAAGGAGGCUGCCGCUGGGAAAUGUGCCACUACGUCAACAGCUGCUGCAUCAGGAACAACAGCACCAGCAGGAACAAGCACAGUGGCGACAACAACCGCUGCUACUGGCUUCAGCCUACCUUCGACUGCAGCAUCUGGCUUCUCCCUCAUCUCAAGUGCUGCUACAUCAACAGCUACAGGAACUGCACCCACGACCAUUCAGGCUAUAGCAAUAAGCUCAUCUGUACAGGCCGGACUGGGUGCAACCACUGUGGUUUCAAGUGCAGCAGGUACAACUUCGUCUCUUAACUUCACUCAGCUUGAAGAAAACAUAAACAAAUGGACUCUGGAAUUAGAGGAACAAGAAAAAGUUUUCAUGAAUCAGGUUGUGCAGAUUAAUGCAUGGGACCGCAUGCUUAUUUCUAAUGCUGAAAAGAUUGUGAAUUUGAAUAGUGCUGUGGAACAAGUCAAGCUAGAGCAGCAACAGCUGGAACAUGAACUAGAUUUCAUUGUGGCUCAGCAGCGAGAACUGGAAGAAUGCUUAGUUCCUUUGGAAAAAGAACUUGAGAACACUAUUACUACAGGAAUAGAUCCUGAGCGGGAGCGAACUUACGAUUUGGCUGAGAAUCUGGAUUCUCAGCUUAAACAGAUGUCGGAAGAUCUCAAGGAACUUAUUGAUCUGUUGAAUGAAAUGAAUCGCAGUGGCAAGGAUUCAAAUGAUCCGUUUGUGCAAAUUGGCCGGAUUUUAAAUGCUCAUAUGAACUCUCUGCAGUGGAUUGAUGAAAACACUACUCAGCUCGCAACUCAGAUUGAACAAGUAUCAAAACUGCAUGACAUACUCAAAAGGGAGAAUGAACGAUCUUUCCAUCUUACUUAUGAUAAAGAUUAUUAAACUCUGUACAACAAACCACUGUAAUUAUGUUUUUCAAUAAAAAUUCAGAAAUUAA